GUCCUCUCUUCGACCUCAACAUCGCGACAAGCGCCAGACGAUUGAUAUAUACAAAUCGCCGUACUUUGCAGUAUCAAUCGCCCAUCAUGGCCCCUUCUCAACUUCCUCCCAUUUUCAACCCCACUCCUCAGGACAUUGAGAUGCUCCUCGCAGCUCAAUGCCACUUGGGAUCCAAGAACCUCCAGGUUCACAUGGAACCCUACCUGUGGAAGACUCGCCCUGACGGUGUCAACGUUAUCAACGUUGGCAAGACCUGGGAGAAGAUCCUCUUGGCCGCCCGUAUCAUCGCCGCCAUCGACAACCCUGCCGACAUCUGUGUCAUCUCUGCUCGUCCUUACGGUCAGCGUGCUGUUCUGAAGUUUGCCUCCCACACCGGUGCCACCGCCAUUGCUGGUCGUUUCACCCCCGGUAACUUCACCAACUACAUCACCCGCUCUUUUAAGGAGCCCCGCCUCAUCGUCGUCACCGACCCGCGCACCGAUGCCCAAGCCAUCAAGGAGGCCAGCUAUGUCAACAUUCCCGUCAUUGCUCUCUGCGACACUGACUCCCCCACCGACUUCGUUGAUGUUGCUAUUCCUACCAACAACAAGGGUCGUCACGCCAUCGGUCUGAUCUGGUGGCUACUUGCCCGUGAGGUCCUCCGUCUCCGUGGUACCCUCGCCAACCGUGAGGUUGACUGGGACGUCGUUGUUGACCUUUACUUCUACCGCGACCCUGAGGCUGAGGAGAACAAGGAGGUUGCUGAGGAGAAGGUUGCCAGCGCUGAGGAUGUCGGUGCCGGUGCCAUCGAGUCUGGCUUCGCUGCUGAGAGCUGGGAUGCUCAGGGUGCUGCUGCCCCUGCUGCUUUCGCGGCUGCCGGUGCUACCAGCUGGGAGGCUGACGGUGGUGACUGGGCUGCCAGCUCUGCUCCCGCCCCUGGUGGUGAGAACUGGGCUGAGGCUCAGCCUGCCGAGGGUGCCAAGUGGUAAAAAGCUGCUUUUCAACCCGGCUAUAUCGGGACAGUUGUUGGGAGAGUGUGAAGAGAAGGAAAAUCAAAUAUAUUCCCCUGGCAUGUCAAUCCUAGCCUCUGUUCCGCAAAUACUCAAAAAGGAAAAAGAAAAAACGGCAAAAGAAUUACACCCGAAACCAACGUCUUUUUCUUCCACCCAAUGGUAUGCUGUCACGAAUCAUCCUCUCAGAGUUCAGUCCGCUUUACGUCUUGUUUCAUGGGGAGGAAUUGCUUGUUCAAUGAUUGACUCGGUACUUGAUGAGGGAAAGAUACCCAGUUGUUCUCAUAUCAGUGAGCUUCUGGGGGAAAGCCCUGUGCCGUCAAUCCACAAGGUGGACUUGAUCGUUACCUUGGUUUCUCCCUGUAUGUUAUACGUAAA